CAGUUCCCCCCGUAGUUUCUUCGAGUGCUGUCCAUUCUGUUCCGUCUAGCACAGUUCCCCCUGUAGCUUCUUCGAGUGCUGUCCAUUCUGUUCCGUCUAGCACAGUUCCCCAUGUAGCUUCUUCGAGUGCUGUCCAUUCUGUUCCGUCUAGCACAGUUCCUGCUGCUGUUACCUCCAAGCCUCCCAUUCCACCAACACAUCGUGAUUCCUCGACAUCCAGCUCAGGUAUAAACAUCUCCAAAGCAAGUGAAAGACAUUCCAGUGACACCCUACCAACACUAACCUCAUCUCAGCACAAGGCACUGCCCACCUCCCAGAUCAGCUCAACCGCUCAGAAAAUAUCACCUGCCAGAAACAUAGCAUCAAAUAACCAAGAGCUUGACAAACUGGCCAAAGGAAUCAGCCGGGCCCUUGGGGAAGACGACUCUCCAUCCAAACACGUGGCCGCCAUCAUGUCUUCAAACGAUGAUGACUUCAGUGACGAUGAUGACAACGUAGCCAAUGGGUUUGAUGAUGUUUUAGACACAUACCGCCAAGACUUUAGGAAAGCCCAAUCUUCGGUCAGCAAUACCUCCACAUUGACUUUAGUCUCCUCAUCCACAGACCAGGGGAUUCAACCAAGCUCACUGGACAAAGGUUCCUCUGUGUCAGAUAGGUCCCUCGACACCCCCCACACCCCAGACUCUAAAAACAAUGACAGUGC